AUGAUGGCCAAAUGCGAACUGGGCACUGCGAUUGGUGGUAUUACUGUACCAACCAAAUAUCCAAGCCUUGAUGUUGGUAUGAUUUAUAUAGGUGUUGUUGUGUCUAUAGAUGAUCUUUUAUUCUCUAUAUUGGCUACAAGACCUAGCUUUUGUCACUAUGUUGUGAUACUUCCUGUUGGAUAUUUAAUGUUAUACACAGAUGCAAAUGAACAUAUCUAUCAAAUUAAUCUGAAUACAAACAAACAAGCUAUUUUACUUGAUAACUCACGCGGUUCAGCUACUACUUGUGGCUUAGUUUAUGAUUCGACAAAUAAUGAGAUUUAUUUCUUUGGUGUACAAUUGAUGCAUAGUCGUCCAGAUGGUACACAAUUAAAAAAUAUAACUUAA